AUGGCCGAGGAACGGCCCGAGCAUCUCGAGCGACGCAUGGUCUUGGUGGAGAUGGAGGCCAAGAUCGAGGCUCUUCACAUCCAUGAACUGGAUAUGUCUCAGCUGAAGGAACUGAAAAUUGACCUCAAGCCAAUGUCUCUCCAUGGGACGUCAGCCCGCAAGCCGUUCUUCUUCCUACCGCACUCUGAACUCCCGGAGCCGGAGGAUGAGGAACUGAACGAGCUCCACGAGGUGUUUGACGACGAGGAUACCUGUUUUUCACGCCCUGUGGACCGUGCCCAUCAGGUAGAAGUCAGCUUCACGUCUUAUACUUUUCAUUUCACCCUAGUUGGAGAGGCCGUCACGCCGUGGUCCACGAAAGGCGUUGGCGAUUACACCCCUUACAAGAGCGUUUAUGGAUAUGAGAAGCCGGAGUUUGGGACUUUCCAUCUGACAGACAUCCGAGGAGGGGAAUUUCCCCAUUCCAAGGCGGUCAUCUACAAUGGCCUCGAGGGGAAGAAUCAGCACUUGCUUCGUGGAGAGCUGCUGAUUCUUCUUCGCAUAAUGUUGGGCCAGAUGAGGAAGCGGCGUUUUCUGCACCAUAUGGUCGCACCGGUUUUACUCAUCUCCUUCCUGGGCAAGCGCGGACGUGUGAUCGAGGGCUACUUUGAUGGUGAACGUCUAAUUCUGGGCUGUACCGACCUGUACAACUUGCGCGACGAGACUGCCCUGGCACUGAAAGAUUUUGCCGAGUGGUAUCUGGGCAACCCUACCGGUGAUACAUCCUAA